AUGACCGUAACACACACUCUCACGGUCAAGCACACAGGCUCGGAACCCAUUCCUGGCGAACGCCGGAAGUCUACCAUUCGUCUUGAGGCAAUCGAAUUACAAUCGCGUCAAGGCGAUGAUGAUGCAAAUCCAAGAAAUGAGCCGUCAAUUCCCGAGAUCUCUAGAUUGCGCAGUGCAAUCAUAGUGUCCCAGAUGUGUGGCAAUACUAUGCUUUCGAGCAUCAUCAACGGUCUUGUGACCGUGGGACUUCCCACAAUCACCAAAGAUCUCAAUUUACCGCCGUCGCUGUCAUUUUGGCCUGUCUCUGUAUCGGGGCUAUCGACCGCCUCCACGUUGCUUCUUGCGGGAUCGCUAGCUGAUGUUGUUGGACCACGCUGGGUUGACCUGGUGGGCACGUUUGCAAGCGGCGCGCUGAUGCUAGGAAUGGGCUUCGCCAAGGAAGGCACACAGCUUGUGGCCAUGCGAGCAAUUCAGGGCGUCGGUCUUGCGCUUCACCUCGUGUCUGCGGUAGGCAUUGCUACACAAGUGUUUCCGCAAGGCAAAUCUCGGAACAUGGCAUUUGCUUGCUUGGGCAUGUCUCAGCCUUUUGGUUUCUGUCUGGGUCUUGUUCUCGGCGGAGUAUUUGUGGACACCGUUGGCUGGCGGGUGGGUUGGUAUAUUUCAGGCAGCGCAGCCUUGUUCCUCUCCGUGGUAGGAUUGUGGGCGCUUCCGGGCAGUCCACACCCGAAAAGAUGGCAGACCAUCUUGCAUGAUUUGAAGUUCAAGAUCGACUGGGUCGGGGCACUGCUGGCCUCCGCUUUCAUGGCGCUUCUCUGCUAUUUGCUCGCAAUCCUCAGCUCGGACAUCUAUCGCAUCAAGGAGACAGCAAGUAUUGUCAUACUCUGUCUUGCUGCAAUUGCCUUGCCUUCGUUCGUCGUAUGGAUUCACUAUCAGGUGCAGCGAGGAAGACCCGCCUUGAUUCCCAAUUCAUUCUGGAAAAAUGCCACGUUCUCCAGUAUUUGUGCCACCAUUGCACUCUCCUUUGCUGUCAUCAACUCCAUGGAGCUCUUUGCCAGUCUCUUUUUCCAAGAAGUUCAACAGCUGUCUGCCCUCCAAGCGUCCAUUCGCAUUUUCCCUAGCUUGGUUGUUGGCGUUCUAGUCCAGGUCACGGCAGGAUUUUUCGUCCACCGUGUCCCUGCAAUCUGGAUCGUGGUGCUCACGGCUGUUCUGAGCUCGCUGUCCCCUCUUCUCAUGGCGACAGCUCAGCCUUCAUGGUCGUACUGGUCCAACACAUUCGUAGCUCAACUUCUUCAACCGAUCAAUUGUAACGCGCUGUUCACCGUCGGUCUCAUUAUCAUCACAGACAUCUUCCCAGAAGAUACCAAAGCACUUGCAGGGGCUGUGUUCAACACGGCGGCCCAGUUUGGCACUGCUCUCGGAUUUGCAAUCCUCCAGGUCAUCUCGUCGGUCGUCACCGAGAAGAAGGUUGGCGAGAGCGAGAUCCAAGCUCGACUGGAGGGAUACCGCGCAAGUUUCUGGACCAUGUUUGCUUUUAUGAUCCUUUGUACUGCUAUCUCUGGUCUUGGACUUCGCCGCGCAGGACGCAUCGGGUUGAAGCGGGAUUAG